UGCACAAGCGCAGAGAAUCAUUGGAAUUUCCUUGUUGUCAAAAGACAGAAUGAAUGCUGUGAUUUUAGCUAACGUUAGCUAGCUAAAUCACUUCAAAGUUACCUAGAUACCCAGUUUAUUGCAAUAAUAAUUGUAAUCUCUCCAUUUGUCCAACUCUGUCAGCCUUUAAACCAAGGUUUUUGCAUUAUCGAAAUGGGGAAAGGUUGCAAAGUUGUGGUGUGUGGUUUGGCAUCUGUAGGAAAAACAGCCAUCCUUGAACAGCUGUUGUAUGGCAAUCACGCUGUUGGUUCAGAGUCCACUGAGACCCAGGAGGAUGUGUAUGUGGCAUCGGUGGAAACAGAUCGUGGUGUAAAGGAACAGUUACGUCUCUAUGACACCAGGGGGCUCCACGACGGCCUGGACCUUCCCAAGCACUACUACUCUGUGGCAGACGGCUUUGUGCUGGUCUACAGUGUGGACAGCCUGGAGUCCUUUAAGAAGGUGGACGUCCUCAAGAAGGAAAUAGACAAGUCCAGAGACAAGAAAGAGGUGAUGGUGAUCGUGCUAGGGAACAAGACAGACCUGCGUGAGCGUCGUCAGGUGGAGCAGGAGGCAGCGCAGCAGUGGGCGCGGGGGGAGAAGGUCAAGCUAUGGGAGGUUAGCGUCACUGAGAGGAACUCUCUCAUCGAACCCUUCACCAUGCUCACCAGCCGCCUCACACAGCCUCAGAGCAAGUCUGCCUUCCCUCUUCCAGGACGCAAGAGCAAGGGCACGGCGUCCAACGACAUAUGAACUGAACUCAACCUCAAGAGCACCUAAGUUCCAAGUACUUCAGGGGGGAGAUGUUACAGAGUAGGAUUGAUGGAGUUAGCCAGCCAACUUCAAUUCAUAUUCUGACUUCAUAUCACCAUGACUCUACAUUCCAUAGACAACCAACAACCCACAUUAAAUGAGCUUUUUUUUUUAAUUGACUAGCAAAUGAAGAGCUGUAUCUUAAUGUUUAUCAUUAAGCUGGCUAAAUGAGUGAGCCUGCUUUGUGGUGUCAUACACCCCUCUGGUUUCAGUGUGUCCAUCCUAUGGGAUGGCUAUAGUAGCCGCUGUACAACAAGAUCUAGGCCCAUCUAAUGCGCCUUUAGAGUGAGGCAUAUUACCUAGUGUAUGGCAUAUUACUAGAUACUACCUAGUGUAUGGCAUAUUACUAGAUACUACCUAGUGUAUGGCAUAUUACUAGAUACUACCUAGUGUAUGGCAUACUACCAUCUAGUGUAAGGCAUAUUACUAGAUACUACCUAGUGUAUGGCCCGGUAGCAAUAAAAAAAUAAUGGUACGACCUUGAUCAGGUAUGUUGCUCAUGUCUGAUUAUUAAAUGUCUGUCUAUCAUCAGUUUCACCCUAAAUGGUUGUUUUUGUGUAUUUGUUAAAUACAAAACCUGUGUAGUUUAUUAGCUUUGUACAUGUUUUAUUUACCUAAUUUAUUUGUCACUUUACUAAACUUAAUUCCUAGCGGGUAGGAAUGAAAUGUGUCUUCUGUCAUGCGUCCAAAUAAUAUCCUCUCUUCUGAAGUGUACACUCGUUCACUACUACAAACGUAAAAGCAUUGGAUUGGUGGAGGCAUGGGCCAGGAGUUUCCACCAUAUUUCUUAAACAGUCACUUUCUUUCAACUCAUUGAAUUGAAGUGAACACUGAGGAUGGAGGGAACAUUGCCCGUGUCCGUCAUGUCUUGUGUGAGACCUAGCUAAAUAAAUGUCAUAUUUUAUGCUGCUA